AAGGGAUCGUAAUAAUAUGGUACUGAGAGAUACUACACCUAGGAAGUUUGAUGCUUUGGCUAGGAAAAAGGUUGUCUACAUCUCUUGCGGGCUAACCUUCACCAUUGUGGUUAUUGAUAAUGGCGAGGUGUAUGGUUGGGGUGAUAACGAUAUUGGCCAGCUGGGUGUAGGCGAUAAGAGGGGCCGACAGAUGCCAUGCCAGCUCAAUUUACUGAAAGGCAUUGUAAUAGUCAAAGUGGCUUGCGGAGACACUCACACGCUGGCGCUUACGGACGAAGGGAAUCUCUAUGCCUGGGGUGAAAAUGAAAGCGGUCAGUUAGGGAAUAACUGUCUAAAACAUUCUAAUGAACCAGUCCUGGUUGCGCACAAAAUGGGAAAAGUGUUUGACAUUGCCGCUUUGUACGAAAGAAGCAGCGCCAUGGAUAAAAGGGGACGUGUAUACGUAUGGGGUCGCUGCCACGAACAGAAAAUCAUGACCCCAAUCGUCACUCCAUUCUCGGAUAUGCAUAGGGCGCUUGCAUGUUACGGAUUUACGAACAUUAUGCAUAAACCGUUGAUCCUGAAGGCAGACGAUGAACUGCAGUUGGAUAUAUUAAAGAUUCUGAGAAUUGCAUUCGACGAUCCCAAGAGAUAUCAAACUAAGCGAAGUGUAUCCUACAUGUGUUCAGACCUACGUAGCUGGCCUAUCGUCAGUUUCCUGGAGCCGAGAUUUGUCUCGCAAAUCCACAUGGUUAUGGCAUUCAAUGCUGGUCAGGUCUUUAUCAUAACAAGAGACAAGAUGGUAUAUGCUUUGGGUACCAACGACGACGGGCGUUUGGGGACAGGGGACACAUUGCCCACGUUAUAUCCAAAGAAGGUUGAGGCUCUAUGCAUGAAGGAUAUAAAAAAGUUUGCGUGCGGAGAGUGUCACAUUCUAGCACUUACAGAACAAGGAGAGAUAUAUUCCUGGGGAAACAAUCGUUUCGGCCAAGUGGGGAAUGGUUCAGAUGAUGAACAUGUUAUGUUGCCUACUCAUUUAAAUAUUCUUCCUAUGAAGUGCGAUCUACAUUUGAAUAAAGUCGUGGACAUAGCAUGUGGGUAUAACCAUUCCAUCGCUUUGACCGCGUUUGGCGAAGUGUACACUUGGGGACUACAUCACAUAGAAGAAUUCGAGGAAUAUAUAGAUGUAGAAAACGAAUCAGUGCUCUCAUCGCCUACACCCAUGCGACUUGAUAGUCUACAUGGCAAGAAGGUUGUCUACAUUGCUUGCGGUGCGACCUUCACUAUCGUGAUUAUGGACAAUGGCAAUGUGUAUAGUUGGGGUAGUAACAAAUAUGGCCAGCUGGGUGUAGGCGAUGAGAGGGACCGACAGAUGCCAUGCCAGCUCAAUUCACUGAAAGGCAUUGUAAUAGUCAAGGUAGCUUGCGGAUACGCUCACACGCUGGCGCUUACAGACGAAGGGAACCUCUACACCUGGGGUUUGAAUACAAAUGGCCAGUUAGGGAUUGGCAAUGGAACGAAUUCUAGUAAACCAGUCAUGGUCAAACACAAAAUGGGAAGAGUGUUUGAUAUUGCUGCUGAUCACUGCAAACAGAUAAGCAUCGCCGUCAACAAGGAAGGACGUGUGUACAUAUGGGGUCUUUGUCGCAAAAAUUCCAUUACGAGCCCAAUCGCCACUCCUUGUUUGAAUGUGCACACCGCGUUUGCAUCUUACACGUCGCCGGCUGUUAUGCACGAACCGUUGAUCCUGAAUGCGAAUGAAGAAUUGGAAAUAUUAAAAGAUCUGAAAAUUGCAUUCGACAAUCCCUUGACAAGCGAUCUUACAAUACAUGUGGAGAACAAAUGUAUUCACGUGCACAAAGCUGUUUUGAAAUUUCGCUCUUCGUACUUUAGAAGGAUGUUUCAACAUAUUUGGUCGGAAAAUAAUCAGAGUGUUAUUCAGCAUGAUCAAUAUUCCUAUAAAGUCUACAAAGCCUUCUUGAAUUACCUGUACACCGACGUGAUAGAGUUACCCUGGGAGCAAACCGUUGAACUUUUCAUCCUGGCUAACACUUACUGUGAGGAUAGUCUCGAGAAGCGAUGUACUGAGAUGUUAAAGCACGAAAUUACCGUAUCGAAUGUCGCCUACUUAUACAGCAUUGCAACCAAAUAUAACAAUAAGGAGCUAGAAGAGAUCUGUACUAAAUUUGCCUUUUUUUAUUUAACGAAUUUAGAACAAAUAAAAGAUGAUGAUGAGGAAUAUCAGAACGUAAUAAAAGAUUUAAUACUUAAGGCGAGAGAAAAAGGUGGUUUUAAGAUGUAUACGCCUCUUCCGCUUAAGAACAAUACGCCGAUCCGUGAAUGA